UUUGGCGGAAGGAAAGCGGACUUUACCUUCCCGUGUGCGGGCUGUGGGCGCCGGGGGUGAAACUUGGACCCGUAGGCGAAGCGGACGGAGAGGAUUGGCGUGUGGAAAGCCCAGCAGAGGCUGUGUUUCUGGGGUGUUAUUCGGUGCGGGCAGGGGGGGGGUCCAGUAAGCGACGUGGGCUCACAGGUCCAGUGUGUGUGUGUGUGUGUGUGUGUGUGUGUGUGUGUGUGUGUGUGUGUGUGUGUGUGUGUGCUGUGCUGUGGCCGAAGCGAACGCCGGGAUUUACUGCGCGGACCGAUUCGUUCAGCUGUGACGGGCCAGCAGCGGUACAUGGAUUAUCUGUGUUUUCGGGCGCUGUGCUGUAAAGGACCCCCGCCACCGAGACCAGAAUACGAUGUGGUGUGCAUUGGCCUGACGGGCGCUGGCAAGACGAGCCUGCUGUCGCGCCUGUGCAGCGAGGGCAGUGACGGCAUCAUACCCACCACAGGUUUCAGUAUCAAAGCAGUGCCAUUUCCAAAUGCCAUCUUGAAUGUGAAGGAACUUGGAGGAGCCGACAACAUUAAGAAGUACUGGAGCCGGUACUACCAGGGCUCGCAGGGCGUGAUCUUCGUCCUGGACAGCGCCUCGUCUGACGAGGACCUCGAAGCGGCGCGGAACGAGCUCCACUCGGCCCUGCAGCACCCGCAGCUCUGCACGCUGCCCUUCCUCAUCCUCGCCAACCACCAGGACAAGCCCGCCGCAAGGACGCCAAACCAGAUCAAGAAGUACUUCGAGCUGGAGCCGCUGGCCAGGGGGAAGCGCUGGAUCCUGGACGGAAGCAGCACGGACAACAUGGAGGCCGUGAAGGAGACCUUCACUCAGUUCAUCCACCUGCUGGAGGACAAAGACUCUGAGCCCGCCAGGAUAUGAUGCUAAGGCCGCUAAUGCACACAGACAUUAGCAGCUAACGGCAACGAUGCACCACUUCCUGCCGGUGUCCCCACACA